CAAAAUAAUAUAAAACAUGAAGUAUGACGACAGCAAAUGAGCAAAGACCUUAUUGUAAUGUACACGUGUUACUCUAUCUCUGAGCAGGAAUAAUUGAGGACAGGGCACAUUAAUAACAGUGGAGAGGGGUGCAAAGUGUUUUUGGGGCGUAACUUGACGGAGACUUGUAAACAACGAGAACAAAAUGAACAAAGCAGGACCUGUACCUCCACAAUAUGGGCCACCUCCAGCUGCACCUCCAAGCUACUCCCAGGCUGUGGGUGGAGUACCACCAUCUAGCCCCUUCACUCCUGGGCAUUCAUUAUCAGGAGGGCCAACAAUUGUCACAACAGUGGUUCCUGUGGGCCCACAGCCAACUCACAUGAUUUGUCCAUAUUGCCAUGCUGAGGUUGACACUGCCACAAAGACAGAACCAGGAUUAAUUGCAUAUAUUUCUGGUGUUGUUAUUGCUCUUCUUGGUUGUUGGCUUGGUUGUUGUCUCAUACCUUGCUGCAUUGAUGAAUGUAUGGACGUUCAUCACACAUGCCCUAACUGCAAGGCAUAUCUGGGACGCUACCGCCGAUAAUGCUAGACUCUGGGUCAUGAGUUAUGAAUAAACAAAGCUUAUUGAAUUUCUAAUACUCACCAAUGCAAUACUCAUUAUAGUAGUUUUAUUUUAUUACACUUUUUGAAUUGCAGUGUCAUUUCAGUGAGACACUGCAACCAUUAAUGACUAAGCAUAUAUAUAUAAAAUAGUACCUGUUAAAUAAUAGAUUUAUUGCUGGUGUUUUUCAGCAGUAUAUGCUUCAGCACAAAAUUAAAGCUGAUUAAAAAUCGCUGUAAAUGUAAUUUUUAAUGUUGAGCUGUCAUUUUGGGAUGUCAUAUAUUUUUAUAAGAAGUUUCCAUUUUUCCUUACUGUGUUUCUAAUUGAGUAGUUCUUGUGUAGAGGCUGUUGGCUGUUUUUAGGUGUCUUUGCUUAUAAAUAUCAUUGUCAAAUGAGUGUUUGCAAGUUCUCUGAGACAGAACAUAUAUUCACUGGGAUUAAAAGUAUUUUUAUAUCUUUAACAGCAGCUCUGUUUAAGAACUGUGCUGUUGCAUAGUUCUUAGUCAUGGGUCUACUUUCAUUGGCUUUGGGCAGUGAUCAUCUUCAAAAUGUCCUUGAUCUCACCCCUUAUAGAUAAAAAAAAAUUGGCAGCUUUGUGACUCAGUGCCUCUUCUGCAUGGCGUGUAGCACUCUAUCCCUUCCAUAACAUAUUUACAUGUGUCAUUUGAUGUGGGGGUUGACAUAGUGUUGGGCUAACAGUUGAUUCUGCUCAUGUGUGUAUGGCUUUUUCAUAACUAUCUUUAUAUAUUAUAUAGAUUUUGUGUUCAUCUUGGUAUUUACUUUGCAAGAAUAGUUUGUGGUAGUGUAAGUAUUUUGCUCAUAUGUUUAUGGCUCAUUUUUAAACAUACUAAAAUAAAACAACAGAGUGUGAAUAUUUUGUUAAGAGAAGUAAUACUGUAUGUAUCUAGUAUAGCCUUAUAACUUGGUAUUCUCUUUCAUAAAUAACACAAAAUUAAAUGAGGGCUUAUUGGCCACAAUUAUAGUAACAGUAGUUGGUUCUAGGUAGUUUCCAUUGUGAUGUGCAAUGAUUUAUGAAGAACGCUUGUUCAGUUUUAAUUAAAUCUCAUUCAGCAGCAUUUAUUAACAGUUGUCAGUCUUUGCAGCACAAUUGAAAAAAAGCUAAUAAAAUUGUUUUAGAGAUUGAA